GCCUAUGGUGGAAUCAAAGCGGCUAGAAAUCUUCAUGCGAAUCUUCUGCACAGACUUCUCAAGGCGUCAUCGUCUUGGUGGGAUCGGACUCCCUCUGGACGCGUUAUCAAUCGAAUUUGUUCUGAUGUAUACACUUGUGAUGAUAAUCUGCCGUUCCAGCUUAAUAUUCUUCUCGCUUCCUUCUUCAACCUCAUUGGUACGAUGGUGAUCACAAUCAUGGGUCUACCGCUUAUGACUCCAAUCAUUCUUCUCUUACUUACAAUUUACUACUUUAUUCAGAAAUAUUACAGGCUAACGACCGUUGAACUGAAAAGACUCACUUCGUUAAGUUUAUCGCCCUUUUACUCUCACCUCGGUGAUACUGUUAACGGUCUUGUGACGAUUCGAGCUCAGCGAUAUGUUGAGAGAUUUGCUAAAGAAUUGCGGGAAAGGCUUACCGUCAAUCUAAGAGCGCAAUUCUCCUCAUUAGCUGCGAGUCAAUGGCUGUCAAUACGACUAUCGCUGAUUGCCGUCGGCAUUGUGGCUACAAUAGCUCUAUCAGCCGUGGUUCAACACCAGAUACUAGGAGUUGAUUCAGUGUUCUAA